GGGCGGUUAGUCAUUUAGUCAGUGUCAACUGUGUGACAUAGAAGAGUGCAUACGGCUAGAAAGUGCUAGAAGCAUUGAUCGGAAGCAAACAUUUACAUAUAUAUAACGGAAACUUCAAUUGCAACAAGCGGAAAGGGAACUAAACAAAAUAAAUCGUUCUUACACUAAUUUUUUUUGUUUAUUGUGAUAAAAGCUCGAAAGUUAUUUCAAACAAGUGCAACAUUAUGAAAAAAUAUCAAAAACUAUGCACAUACACUGUGUUGCUGUUAUUGUACUGCUGUAUCACACAGACAUGGUCAGCAUAUUUGCCAGUGCAUGAUGGACAUAACCUAAAUCAAUUGGAAGGAUUACAAAAGCAACAAUCUCAGCGAUAUUUAUAUACACAACAUCUAGCAGACCAAAGCCUGACCAGCAAUAAGGGCGAAAAGAAAAAGGCAAGUGAAACGACCGCAACAGUAGGCAACAACAAUGCCGCCGUACCAUCAACGUACAGCGAUACAGACGAAGAUACCGCUGCGCUGGGUAAUUGGCAAUUAUUACCUCAUGGAUCAUACGAUAAAAACGAUGACGUAGUGUCUGGCAAUGCGCCAACACAUGCGGUGGCGUGGUCUGAUCGUGCGUAUGAGAAUAGCGAUGUGUACGAUGCAUUUGACAGCGACGGCGACACCGAAAGUGACAACGACAGCGACAUCGAGUUGGAUAACGUUGAAGACACUGAAGAAACAACCAACGCAUACAGUGUAUUGAGUCGCAAGCGACGCGGUUUCGAUGAUUGGCUCAUAGCGCCUCAUACACGUUGGUGUGGGCGUGGCAAUACAGCCAACAACAAUUACAAUCAACUUGGUGGUGCUACCGACGCGGAUCGUUGUUGCCGGCGACAUGAUCAUUGUCCCGUUUUUAUAUCAGCCUUCAGUAGUCGCUACGAAUUGUUCAACUAUCGGCCAUACACAUUGUCGCAUUGCAGUUGCGAUCGACGUUUCCGUGCCUGUCUGAAAUUGAACAACGACGAGCCGUCGAACACCAUCGGACAGCUAUUCUUCAAUAUGGUACCAUCACAAUGUUUUAUAAUACGUAAUGAGCGUCAAUGUUUGGAACGUGAUGCGGAGGGUAACUGCGUAAAGGAGACAAGUCGAAAGCGUGCUUAUGUGCGGGAGAAUGAAAAGUACUAAAACAUAUAAAUCUGGAUGUACAUAUAUACUCGUACAUAUGGGAGAAGCAUGCGAAGAAGGUGCCCUAAAAGGCAUGCAGAAAUGAGACUGGUCAGUUUGCCGAGCGUAAUUGGGCUUACGAAGCCUUAUGAAGCUAAUGCAGGUGUAACAGAAAUAUCAAGAAAAUGUAAUUAAAACAAAAUGCAGACACAAUGAAAGACCAUUUAAACAUUUCUUUAGUCAGCAUGUUGUAUGGAUAACCAUCGGUAGCAUUAGCUACCAGGAAAACCGUUAAAUGAUAUGGUGAUAUGCAGCGAUUAUGCAUACGUAUAUACGUAACGUAAACAUGUUUGCUUUAAAUUCGAAUAUAAUACCGUGAAGACGCAAUUAAUUAACAAUUUGAGUCACCUUGUGUCUGCUUUGAUUGGUUUAUUAGUGUGGAAAUUGCAAAAAUGUGAAUAAAAUAAGUUUCGGCGCCAUACAAAUAAUUUUUAAAUGAUAUUAUUAGGUUUAAGCAUACAAAAUUUUAGUCCUUAUUUAUUUUUUAUACAUGUAUGUGGCUUAUAAGAGAGCGACGAUCAUCGUAUUCCAGAAUACUUAUGCGGAAAAUAAACGCUGUAAUGCGGAAAACUUGAGCCAAAUGUCUCGAUGUACUAAUGUUUUCAACAAAAAAAUUUAACUUAAAAUAAAAUGUAUCAUUCGAGUAAUAAGAGCCUGUAGAAUUAAAUAUUUAAGUUAAUAUUAAAAGAAUAGAAGUGGAGUAUAAAAAAUGAAAUCGUAGAAACUGCAAAGCAUUACUAUUUAAUAGGAUUAAGCUUAGUAAUUAGAAAAAGGCUAAAAGCAAAAAUUGUAUUGUAUUUAAUAGGAGCUAGUACAUAUCUUGUAAUUUGAUUAUACACGUACGUUUACGUUUGUAUAUAGAAUUACAGAUAUAUAGUAAGUAGCAGUGUUAAUAAAUGUACUACCUUUAAACACUAUUGUCCACAAAUAAAAAUAUGAAAACAAAUUUAAAACUGUA